GUUAAAAAGUGUAUCAAUGGCAGAAAUACAGAGAACUCGCUGUAACUAAUUCACUGUUUUAUACAUGUAUCUCCAACCAUUGCAUAAACAUAAAAUCAUAUAUGUGAUGGUUUAUGUGUUUUUAAAUGCUGAAAUUAUUACACAUAGAAGAACAAAGGGAUCAUUGAUCAGCCAGUCCUGACAUUGGUGAUUUCUUAAUCGUUAUUACCCUGGUGUAGCUGGCAUCGUCUCUGUGCUGGGCGAGCUGUGACAUGCCCGUGUUGCUACGCUCAGACAAUGCAAGAUGGACUCCCAGUGGGUGGGAACCAGCACAGAGGAACCACUCAGUCCCUCAUCUCCCAUUGCAGGGGACAGGCUCGUUCUGGAGUAUCGCUCGGACGGAUGCGAGUGCUUUCUACAGCUGACAGAGGCAAAGAGAGGUGAUCUUGAACAGGUGGAAAUCCUCCACCUUAGCAGCAAUAAUGCACAAAUCAGUCAGGCUGUAGGUGCAUUGCAUGUCCUCCAUGAGCUCCGUGUCUUGGUCUUGAAAGGUGGACUAGCAAGAGAUGAGCUGGGCAGAUGUCAGCAUGGAUUACUGACCUCUCUUCCUUCUGAGCUCUGUAACCUGAAAAGACUCACCUACCUGGACCUUAGCUAUAACAGUUUCACAGAGCUACCAUCCUGCAUCACAUUCCUCACUAGUCUCUCAGAACUUCAUCUUUCCUGCAACCACCUUAGAACUCUCCCAGAAGACAUCAGUAACCUGGUCAACUUGACAUACCUCUCUGUUAUGUUUAACCAAUUGACUGAGAUACCAGCAGCUAUUGGACAACUUCGGAAACUGGAUAAAUUGUACCUGUCUGGGAACAAACUGGAGUCUCUCCCAGAAGAGAUAGGCUGUCUGAAAGUUUGCACUGAGCUGGACCUGUCAGAUAAUUGCCUUACAGGUGUUCCCGAAACACUGUGUCACAUGACAUUUUUAAAACAGCUUAUUCUUCAAAACAACAGGCUUGCCAGUAUAUCCGCCAGCCUGGCCAGUCUGCCUGAUCUGUGCAAUCUGAACCUCAUGUACAAUAGCUUACGUCAUGUUCCCCAAGAAAUCUUAAACUGCUCCUGUGCACACCUCAAAGGAAACCCGAUAGGAGAACCAGAGUCAUUCCCUACUAUUGAAGAUAAGAUUCGAAGCUUGGAGAUAAAGGAGAUCCACCUAAAACGUGAAGAUGAUCGUUUCCUCAUCAUUCCCAAUGGAUGCCGUGUCUAUCUUCCAUGUGGCACCGAGAUUUACUUUCCUUUCGGAGCUGUCACUUCCACCAUCACAAUCUAUUUCCAAAUUCUGCCUCCUGACCAGCAACAUGUGAAACUUGAACACCAUGAUAUCCUUCUUAGUAGAAUUCUGGAGUUACGACCCCAUGGCAUUCAGUUCCACCAGGAUGUGGAUAUUGCUAUUCCUGUCAAUUCCCCAGGGUCUUUGAAGAAGCGGGAGAUUGUAAUCAGGACUUUAAGUGGCCAAACCUGGACUGACUUGCAUACCACUACUGUGAAGAGGUCCAACGAGAUGCAGGCUACCUGUAGAACCCUUCACUUCUCAUGGUUCUUUGUGGUCUCACGUCUGGUGGAAGAUCACUGUGAGGUUCCAGCAGAGGGCAACACUCUAUUCUCCAGUGUGGACAAUGGCAUUCGAGUUUUCUUCCCUCCCGGGGCAACUAAUGACACAAGAACAGUUCGUAUGCAAGUUUUACCAGUUAGUGCAAAGGAGCUGAAGAAGAUCACAGGAGACUCAAAUUCCCUCACGAGCCCCCUACUAUGCUUAUCUCAGAGUUCAACUGCCAAUUUCUUAAAUCCUGUUAAAAUCCAGCUUCCCCUCCCACCAGGAGUAACAGGUACUGGUCUGGAUAGAUCUUGCCUGGUUCUCCUACAUGGAGACAAACAAGCACAGAACUGGACAGAUAUAACAAGCCAGGUCGUACUGGAGAUCACUCACAUCUAUGCCCGCUUUGAAGUGGAUCAUUUCUCAUGGUAUUGGCUAUGGUACACCACCAAAUCCUACGUUGGUGACUUAGCAAAAACUGUCUACAAGCGCCUGCGUAUGUAUCAAGUCCACUUUGUUGCCCUGCAGAGAAAGAGGGAUCCAGAGCAAGUGCUCCUACAGUGUGUUACCAAGAGUAAGGUGGAUAACACAGUGAAAAAGCUAAAGGAUAGAUACAAAGGCCCAGAGCCCUCUGAUCUGGUUGAUCUUGUUGAAGGAGAGCAGUUUUUUGCAGCAUUUGAACAAGGCCUAAAGCUUCAUUCAGAGCGCCCUGACUGUGUGAGUGGCAGGCUGUCCUUCAUAUUCUACUCUCGGAUGAAAAACAUGAAGGAAGUGUAUGUAACCUCAUCGGACAGAGAAAAUAGUGUUGUUAAAGGGCAGGUGUCUUUUUACCGCGGGUCGGUUCCAGAGGCUCUAGCUGAAGAAAUAACAAAGCACCGUAAAGGCCCAGAGUCUGAAUGGAUGGCCUCUCUGCCAAUCAAACUGCCUAAAUUAAAAUCAUCCGACACGGUACUUGGGAAGAACAGAAACAGCUACUCGUUGCCCCCUUUGAAUUUGGGCAAUGCUGAGAUGGGUUAUCUGACUGAAAGCAACUUGUUAAGUAUUGCCAGGCAGAUUGGAAGAGAAUGGCGGAUAAUUGGCAUGAACUUGAAUCUAAGCCAUGGUGAAUUAGAACGAAUUGAAUAUAAAAGCAGUGGGGAUCUGGACAAACAGAUACUGGAAAUGCUAUUCGUUUGGGCAAAUAAAAACUCUUCUCAGCCGGACUGUGUGGAGAGACUAGUGAAGGCUAUGCAGGACAGUGGCCGAACUGACAUAGCAGAGAUGAUCCAACAAAUUGUGACAUUGGGAAAGCAGAAGUACACUCAGUCCAUCCGCAGGCUCGGACUAGACCGAGGAAACAGCAGUGAAGAUUCUGCCAUUGCUUUGAGCCAAUGAUAACUGCACUUAAAACAGAUUUAUGGACCUUAACCUACAUUUGGACUGUGAAAGAACUAAAGGUAGAAUUUCGUAGAUUCUGAGCCUAUUUAGCAUUUUUGCAUUUUUUAAAUUAUUUCUGAAACCACUUUAGUUGAUUACUUUAAAAAUAAAUGAAAGGAACUUACCUUUUAACAGUGUAAACAGUUUCUAGUGUCUAUUCUUAUUUCGCCAUGUUUAUUAUAGAAAUCAGGUACAUACAGUAGAAGCAGUACAUUACUUUACAUUAAGUUAGAUGACUGAUAUCAGUGAGGCCCUUUUUGCAUUACAGAUUCACAAAUCAAAGCAGAAUUUUAAUUCAUGCCUAUUAUUUUUAGGGUGCUAUAUGGAUUUUCAGAGACAGAUGCCUUAUGGUACUCUGUUAUCCCUGUUCUAUGACCCGGCUUUCAUACUGUUUGUCCAGAAUAGUUCCCUGCGUUGAUUUCUAAAUGGUCACUGGCAUCACAAGGACUUUAAAGGGAGAGAUCCAUGCUCAUUCCCAACCCUGGUCUGGUGAAUUAUUCAGUGCAUUGUUGAAAUCAAAAGAAAACAGAAUGACAAGUACAUGAAGUGUUUCUAUGUUAUAUGCACGGUGUUCAAAUUUCCUGGGUAGUGAAACAAAUAUUUUGUUUUAAAGUCAUAAUGAUAAUUUUACGGACCAUUUUACUGCCGGUAUUGUUGCCAAAGUCAAAAAGCAUGAUCCACUGAGAAUCAGCUCGAACUUGUGAUGUGAUCAUUCAUCUCAAUGAUCUCAUGGUGUCCAGCUCAAUAACGCAAAGUUAGCGACUACAUCCCAUAUUUAAGGUUACAAACAGCCAAGUGAUGCUAGCAGUGACAGGUGUGUCAUUUAUCUAUUAUUUCCCUUAUGGACAUUGACGUUUAAAGCAGUUCAAUAUGGAGAUUUCAUUUAUUGCAUAAUUGCCAUGUUAUGGAUUUUGCUAUAUUGUGGUUACACUUCCA